AUGAAGUUUUCUACCGUCGCUGCCGUUGUGUCAUCGGCCGUUGCCGUUUUCGCCUCUCCCAUUGAGAAGCGGGCUGUUGGAGGUGUUCUCCUUUGCACCGGUGCCAACUCCACUGGGACCUGCAAAUACCAGACAUACGAGCUGAACAAGUGCCAGCAACUCGAGAAGCCCUUCUACCAAAACACCAACACCUUUGCCGUCGAUGGAGAGGACUUUACCUGCUCACCAAAGCUCAUUGACUGUGGUGGCAUCUGCACGAGUCCGACUGGCUGUACCUUUGGAGCCGUCGAUUUCAACUACGAACACAAGUACAACCUAAGUGCCAUAUCUUGGGACAAGUACAUUACGAGUUUUGAGUGCAACAAAAAGAUUAAAAACUAG